AUGGCUGAGCAGGCCGCCGGGCUCCCCCCGCGGCUCCUCCUGCUGCUGCUGCUGCUGCCGCCGCCGGCCGCGGCCUCGGGCGUGGAGUCGCUGCUGGAGGAGUUCCGCCGCCAGCUGCAGCAGGAGCCCCUGGGCGGCGGCGAGCGGGGGGCGGCGGCGGCGCGGCGGCAGGGGGGGGGCCGCUGCGUGGGGGCGGGCGGCUCCUUCGCGCCCAGGCCCGACGCCAUCAUCCGCACCAAGGACUCCCUGGCGGCCGGCGCCACCUUCCUGGGCUCGCCGGGCUCGGUGGCGGGCCUGCGGCAGUGCCUGGACGCCUGCUGCGCCCAGCCGCGCUGCACCCUGGCCGUCCUGCAGCAGCCGCAGACGCCGCCGCCGCCGCCGCCCGCGCGCCGCUGCUACCUCUUCGACUGCGCCUACCGCGGCCGCUCCGUCUGCCUCUUCGCCCCGCAGCGCGGCUACCACAGCUACGCGCGCCGGCCCGCCGCCGGCCCGCCGGGCCCCGAAGAUGAUGAGCCUCCUGUCAGCAGAGCAGGGAAAGACCUUGUGCUUCAGUUGCCUGUUGACUGGGUGAUUCUGGAUGGCCGAGAAAGUUUUGAUGACCACGGAAUCAUACAGUACGAAUGGACUUUGCUGCAAGGGGCCCCUUCGGUUGCUAUGCAGGAACCUCAGCCGGGAACUGUGAAGCUCUUUCAUUUGCAAGAAGGUACUUACAUUUUGCAGCUGACUGUGACUGACACUGCGGGCCAGAGGAGCUCGGAUAAUGUCUCGGUGACGGUGAUUCCAAUGGUGCCCUCUGCAUUAGGUUGCAUGGGGGUUUGUUCACGCUACCAGUUCCUCUGCGAUGAUGGUUGCUGCAUCGAUAUAACGUAUGCCUGCGAUGGAGAGGAGCAGUGUCCUGAUGGGUCCGAUGAAAUUUUUUGUCAGAAACUGAAUUCUGGACAAAAGAUGAUAACUCACACAGCCGUGAGCUCUAGCCAGCAACAUGCCAUGGGACUAAUUAAAGAUGCUGACAAGGAACUCUCAUUAGAAAUCACCCAGAAAACUCCUGUAAGCCAUCACAUACCUGAUGCCGACCAGACCAACCAAUCACCCUCUCAGGGAACAAAGGGAACAAAACCUGCUGGGGUUUUUCCAGUUUCUAGAACCUCAGGGAAAGAUACAGAUGAUAAGAAUAAAAAUGACAUUGUGGUGUUAAAGAGCACUCAAACUGGAAAGAGCCACCCAGUUCCAGAAACAGGUGCUGUCCUACCGCUGGCUUUAGGGUUGGCCAUCACUGCUUUGCUGCUGCUCAUGGUAGCUUGCCGAUUGCACUUAGUGAGAAAGAAACUGAAGAAAGCUCGGCCCAUUAUGUCUGAGGAAUCAGAUUACCUCAUAAAUGGGAUGUAUCUGUAAAGCAGGAUUCAGGUUGCUUCCUUUCCUUCCUCAAGCUUUCCCGAAAUGGUGUGCCUCUUGCAUUAAAGAAAAAAAAACCUCAUGUUUAAAAGCUACUACCUUCAAAACAUUUAUU